UCAGUAUCAUCGAUAGUCGCCGCGAGUAGUUGUGGAGCAUCCGGCUUGUGGGGGCCUCGUCGCGUCUCUGGCCGUGGGUUAGAUAUGUAUGCAUGUGUGUAUACGUGCGCGUGUGGCCAAGUGAGAUAAAUUAGGAUGCGGUAUCGCGCGAGGUUCCGGUGUUGUAUCCCGUGUUCGCGGCUUCGCGGGGACGUUGUUGUCGUGGCCGCGGCCGCGUCCCGUUGAGAUAUGCCCGACGGUGUUGACCGAUCCGUCGUCGUAUACACUGAGUGCCGUAUAAGUGCGUGUGUGUGCACUGGUUAACCUCAAGUAUAAUAACGAGGGUGUGAAAUAAAAUAAAAAAGAGAAGAGGUGAGGAGGAGAAAGAAGAAGAAGAAGAGGAAGAAGGAAGGAACGAGCGCGCGUGUAUGUAUACGUGAGCGUGUGUGUGUGUGCGCGCGCGCGCGCGCGAGCGCCGCUGGCAAAAGAGAACGAGGAAGAGAUAUUACGCACGCACGCACGCACGCACGUACAUACGUCCGUCCGUCUGUCCGUCAAGAUGUCGUCGUCCGGACACAGCAGCCGCGCUCGCGCCGUCCACUCCGUCGGCUCGAUCUUCCAAAAGCUACACGGCCGCUUCGCGGACGCGAUAACACCGCCUAAGCUCUCGACCGACAAGCGUACCCUGGACAAGACCUGGAAACUGAUGGACAAGGUGGUGAAGCUAUGCCAGCAUCAGCGCAUGAACCUCAAGAACUCGCCGCCGUUCAUCCUGGAUAUCCUACCGGACACGUAUCAGCGGUUGCGGCUCAUCUACAGCAAGUACGAGGAUCGUAUGCAGGUCCUGCACAGCAACGAGCACUUUUGCGUCUUCAUCAAUAACCUGAUGCGUAAGUGCAAGCAGGCGAUCAAGCUGUUCAAGGAGGGCAAGGAGAAGAUGUUCGACGAGACGUCGCACUAUCGUCGAAAUCUCACCAAGCUCAGCCUCGUCUUCAGCCACAUGCUGUCGGAGCUGAAGGCGAUAUUCCCCAAUGGGGUAUUCGCCGGCGAUCAGUUUCGCAUCACCAAGGCAGACGCGGCCGAAUUUUGGAGGGAGCGUUUUGGGAACAGUACGUUAGUACCAUGGAAGGUAUUCAGACAUGAAUUGAAUCAAGUACAUCCCAUCAGUUCAGGAUUGCAAGCGAUGGCACUGAAAUCCACGAUAGAUUUGACGUGCAACGAUUACAUCUCCAACUUUGAAUUUGAUGUAUUUACAAGGUUGUUUCAACCGUGGUCAACCCUCCUCCGCAACUGGAAGAUCUUGGCUGUGACGCACCCUGGCUACGUGGCUUUCCUUACAUACGACGAAGUGAAGGCACGUUUGCAGAAAUAUUGUAUUACCAAGCCCGGGAGCUAUGUAUUUCGAUUAAGUUGCACGAGGCUGGGACAGUGGGCAAUCGGUUACGUCACAUCUGACGGUGAUAUUCUUCAAACUAUACCGCACAAUAAGAGCUUGUGCCAGGCGCUGCUGGACGGCUAUCGGGAAGGCUUCUACUUAUAUCCGGACGGCCGAAAUAUAAAUCCGGACUUGACAUGGGCAGUGCAACAAACGCCAGAAGAACACAUAAAAGUGACGGCGGAACAGUACGAAUUGUACUGCGAGAUGGGUAGCACAUUCCAGUUGUGUAAGAUCUGCGCCGAGCAUGAUAAGGACGUCAGGAUAGAACCGUGCGGGCAUCUUCUCUGCACUCCAUGCCUUACAGCUUGGCAGGUAGAUUCUGAGGGACAGGGUUGUCCGUUUUGCCGAGCUGAGAUUAAGGGCACUGAGCAAAUCGUCGUAGAUCCAUUCGACCCACGAAGAACGCAUCGACCUGGAGCGCACUCGGCGUCCGCCAGUAACGCAUCGACUCCCACGCGGGAUCUCGAUCCCGACACCGAGGACAUAAUGGAGUUGUGUAACGGCAACUGUGGUCUCAUCGUAUGCGACGACUCGGACGAGGAGGACGAUUCCAGUCCUAUGAAUUCGCCGGUGCCGCCGCGGAGGAUCGUCCCGAGUCCGCCGUUACCGCCUAGAAGACCUUCACCGUCGCCUACGCCGAACAAUCAUCUCAGAAACGGCCGUCACCUGACAGUGCCGAAGGAAAAUGCUCCGCCGCCACCAUCGGCGGUCACGGUGAUAUUGAAUUACACCGACAAUACACAACAAAAUAACAAAGUUAAUACAGAGGCGAGGUACGAUAUGCUGCAUCGCGCUUCUUCGCCGUCUCCGGUACCGCCAAUCCCGCCGAUGCCGCCGUCGACGGCGGUGGCGAGGACUCAUGGCACGCGUCGUCCUCAUGGAAAUCACAUAAGCGGCACGCCGCAGCGACAACCGCAGCCGCCGCCGACGUUGCCAGAGAAGACGUGUCGCGUUAGCGCGACCAGUUCGGCAACGACGACUAUGACGACCAAUCAAGGACCCAGUAAUAACCCGGUGCCGCCAGUACCGCCGCCCUUGUCGGCACCACGACCGCCGAAGACCGGUGGCAAGGAGACGGUUGGCAUUCGUCCGGAUCACCAUUACGAAAACACAUUCGUCAUUUGCGGUCCGAGCCACCAGGUGGUGAAGAACCUGACGGCGAGCAGAGCCGCCGGUCUGAGAGCACUGAUGAUGGCAGAUGAUCCGGGAAGCGGUGGCCCGGGUGGUUGUGGUCCGAUGAUCAAGUCCUCGGAAUCGGCAGCAUACGAGAAUGUCAAUGUCGAGCAUAUCACGAGACUCACGGCACUCGGUUUCGCACAGGACGCCGUGAUCAGGGCGCUAGGCAUCACUAGGAACGACCUUGAGAUGGCAUGCGACAUAUUACACGAGUUUGCCACAAAGUCUUCCUGACCAGGCUCGGACACCGAGGUCUCAUGACCGGCCAUACCUACUAGACGAUACUUUUGACAAGGAGCACCCGCAGGCUCGUACAAAUCCCACCUCUGAUGCGUUCGCGGAUACAUCAUCGGGCAUUCGCUACAUCGGCAAGGACUCGAGGACUGCGCCGUCGUUUUAUACUUUAAAACGAAUGAGACACACACACACACACACAGAGUACGGUGAGAAAAUUACCGCGAGGAACAUCCGCCGAAUCAAUCAUUUUCGUCGUGGAUUUUUCACCAAACAGACGAAGCUCCAAGUCUUCGAGAUGCGAAGAUUACGUUUGUGCGACAGAUGUAAAUAUAGGCGACGAUCGACCAAAGGCGAUUUCCGGCUGCCGAAGUAUUCCUUCACGAUAGCCAUAUUUAGCGAGCAGUAGUAGUAGAAUGUCCUUACAUAUUUUCCAAAUCUAGUACCUCUCACUGGCGUAGUCACUAUUAUAUUUCGUUCCUCGAUAUACUUAAGAAUAAAGAAUAAUUAUACAUUAAAUCGCAAAGAGAACUUCUAACAUAACGUACAUCGGGAAGCGCUCCUCGAAAAGGUCCUCUCGGUCGUCCGUUUUCCAUAUUUUGUAUUAUAUAGCGUAUCUCACCAAAAGAAAAACAACGAACACGCGGUCUGAUAUCGCGUCGUUCUGACGUGUUUAGAAAUUACACCACUUACGAAGGCAAUACAAUCCGUUUCACCUAUCCGUUUAAGAUACGUUCUACAUGGAGUAUCGCUAGGCACUCCUUGCUCACGAGUAUAUACAUGUAUGACGAUAGUACCGACCGAAAAUACGUUUAGAAAAAUGCCUGGUAUCUAAUUUUGUAAUCCCUAUGCAUAUAUAUCAUUCUCAUCCAAUUCCAGAGUAGUUAUAUAUAUGUAUGUAUAUCGCUAUUUGAUGUACAUUAUGUGAUGUCCUCCAUAUUAGCGUUGCGAUUAGAGUUAAAUACAACAUGCAAGAAGAUAUAUCUUGGAGAAGAUAAAAAUGAGCAAACAAAAAACGAUAUCAGAUAUCUAAAAUUGUUGAUUUACAUACGCUGAUGAUAUCUGAUUCUAAUUUCUUAGAGAGAUUAUAGCUGAGAUUACCUCCGAAAUAGCCUAGUUAGGGCACGCACUUUCGUAAGAUUUGGCACCUUCUAGAUUUGCGCGACGGUUUUCGUUUUUCAACAUAUGUGACGAUUUACGCGCACUUAUAGAAAUCAGCCUAUUUUUUACCGAAUGUGAUACUUAUGUUCACGUAAAUAUAUGGCUUUACAUCGCACUAAGUAUUGAUGUAGAAAAAAAUAUGAAAUCGUCGCGCGUUCUAUGCACGAAAAGCGACGCGCCAAAUAUCAAAAAUUUACAGCUUUACGAUGACUUUCGGUGCAAUAUAUGUGGAUUAAUAUUUCGAUGAGCGUGUAUGCAUAGAACUUUACAGACGAGGCAUUUAUUAUAGUACAUGAUUGUAACGAUAGAAUACAAUCGAAAAUGAAGAUAACACAUCGUGCAAAAUAACAACAAAUGAUAAUCAUCGAACUAAUAAUGAGAGAGAGAGAGAGAGAGAGAGAGAGACGUACUUGGUCGAAUGAUGAAUAAAAAUUUAUUAUAUAUUCGUUAUGCCGACUCGAAAGUAUACGUAUUGAGUACAUACAUACAUACACCGAAACGUAUCAACGCGCUUUACAUUAAUUUAUAUCUUAUGCAGUAGAUGCUCAACCAUAAUGUACCGAACCAUUUUUCCCUACGAAAGGACAGAUCUGGAAGUUGAUUACUACCUCGCGAUUACCAAAGGUAUACACGAUCUGUGAUCGUCCGAACGAUGUGUUUAACUCGCUUUAAUGCAUUUUAAACACAUACACUUAUAUACAAUACAAAUGGGACGAAUCAUCGUGUGUAACGUAAUUAAUAUAUUUAGAUAUGAUAUUUAGAUUUCUCGCUCCCGUUGAAUUUCUUUCUUUCUGCGAAAGAUACGCGUUGACGGAACGUCGUACUGUUCAAACGGAUUACAGUUUAUCCUAUGCAAAUUCGAGCAAAGACCAUAUAGUGUUUCAAGAUAAUUUGAUAUAGAUAUAGAUAUAGAGACAUACCGAUUUUAUUCGCUGUCCUAUUAUGCACCUAACGCAUCAACCACCACUCCUGAAAGAAUAUUUCAGCACCCUUCACUCGCGAACUUGACGAGUCCGCGAAUUUAGCUGUCCUAUUUUUCUACAUUGUAUAUUCUGGUCGCUGUGUAAUAUAUAAUGGUCAAGAACGUUCACUUCAGAAAGGCAUCUCGGUGUUCCGAGAAUGGAUAGAAGAAUGAUAUAUAGUUGGGUGCAAUAUACGCGGAGUAAUAUAAAUCGAUCAUAUGAUAAUUGAAGAUUAUACAAGAAGAAUGUAAAGAUUGACUCCUUCUUCAUUUUAAUUAUUCGCUGUACAAAUUAUUUUACAUACUUCUCGAAAUAAAAUAACAUGUCGUUUAUAA